UGGACGACAGUUUCAGGUCGAACUCCCACUUCUUCUCUUCAAAAUGAAGCUUUUGGCGGUCCUCAUCUUGGCUGUGGUGGCUACGAUGGCAAGUGCCGGCGGUGGCAAAGGCUUCCGUCGUGGCUUCGGCUACGGUGGUGGCUUUGGCCACGGCUUUGCAGUUGGCAUCCCACACCCAGUGCCCGCUCCAUUCCCCGUGCCACACCCCGUAGGUGUGCCCGUGCACGUUCCCCACCCAGUGCCCGUGCCCGUCAUCAACCACGUACACGUACCAGUCCCCGUUGUGAAGCACGUGCCCGUGCACAUUGUCAAGCAUGUUCCCGUUCCCGUCAAGGUGCCAGUUUUCGUCCACUCCCAUGGCCAUCAUGACUGGUAGAUCAUCAUAACAAAGUUCUAGUCAUAGUUUGUCAUCCUUUUCUUCUGUACGACCAUUACAGAUACUUUUUAAUUCAUCAAAAAGACCAAAGUUCGAAAUUGCUCAAGAGCGUCAGCAAGUCAUCCUGCUUCCCAAGUUUUAGACUAGUCUACCACUGCCAUGUUCUCAUUAAUGCUUCUAUUGCACAGUAUAAUUUGAGUGUAAAAUCAUCUAGAAUGCAAAUUUUGUAACAUGUUUGGAAUCUCUGUAAACUUGGAAGUUUCGAAAUUGUACUUGAAAUUGAAAAUUCUACAAAUGUAAACUAGAACUUCAACACGUAAAACUACAAGGAAGAACUUAACCAACUUCAAAAAUACGUUUGUUCAAGUUUCAAUUCAAACUUAGCGCAGGUGUUCCAACCAAAAGUUUAGUUUAGAAAAAAGGCAACAGAAACCCCUAAAAGUUAUUGUAAUUUUCUAUUUAUUUGAGUGCUAACCGUCUCAAAAUAAAAUAU